CAGAAGCUCAAUCAGAUAAUCAUCCAAACCCACAUAUAUAUUUUUAAUUAAUCGCAAAUAUUUUCGUAUGUUUUCCUAAAAUAGUUUAAUUUAAUCUGUAGUUGCAGUAGAAUGGCGUCAAAGGGACGCUGUCUCUUUAAGGCGUUGAAGGAGGCGUGUAGGGGACGUCGGUAAGACGCGUCCAGAGUCCCCUGAAUGACUGCUGUUGUCUGUCGUUGUGUGACAUUGUGACAGGGCAAAACUCAAUAGAACCAAACGGUUCGGAUGCGCGUCUGCAGGUGGAGCAGAAAGGAAACUAGAGGGAAGGGACGCAUGAUCCGGAGAUGCGUCACUGCAGCUGGUUUAUUUUACGCACAGAGAAGCUGCGAGGCGCACCGCUCACUUUCUAUGAGGUUGGCCGCUCUGCUGUCAGCGUGUGAAAUUCAGCUAGUCUGACUGACCUACAUCCAAAGAUUUUUUCUCAGAUUCUCAGAGGAAUGUGUUUACCUUAAAGGCGUAAAACAAAAAAUAGAAAUAGCCUUAACGCGCAGGUGGAUUUCCUCCCCCGUGAUGUACACAAUCACCAGAGGUCCCAGCAAGCUGGUCACGCAGAGAAGAACAGGACCCACUCAGCAGCUGGAGAACAAAAUAAAUGACUUCAAGCACAAACAGACGUCCUGGAACAAGCCAGACCUUCCUGCACCCAGGAUAGUUUUCAACCGUCUGAACGGAAAAAAGCACCAUCAGCCGGCUCAGGUGCUGCCCGCAGACAGCAGGCAUGAGGAGACUUUCUCCCCCGAGCACGAGAAAAAUGUGAAGUUUGUCUCUGAAGCCUGGCAGGAGGUGGUUCAGCAGGAGGAAGGUCAAGGAGUGGAGGAUUCCCAGGCAGCAGUUUACUACAAAGAAGCUACUCCUGGGCCACACAUGGACAGCUUUGCGCCCAUCGAUCUGGAUGAAUGGUGGGCCCAGAGCUUCUUAGCCAACAUCGACAAGCUGACGUUCCAGACUUGAUCAGAUGCUCUUUGCCAGUCAGGAGGUGAGAACUGAAUGGCUCACCAAAGGUGAAAUGAAGCCUUCUCUGUAGGUGUAAUGACUCGGAGCACCCUGAUGUGGUUUAAAUGGACUGACAGUGCUGGAACGCUGACCCAAAAGCUGCUGAGAACUACUUCGCUGUGUCUGAGACUGGAUACAGGAUAGUUUCUGGUGUUGUUGACAGCCACAGCAGAGACAGUUUCAAUGCAGUAAAAUCGUGUUUUUUCCAAGA